GACUGUGCAGGCCGGAGAGUCUCUCCACGCCUCUCUCUCUUGCUGUCUGACUGAACGUUGCGGCUUCUGAAUCCGACACUCAAAGUCUGAAAACACAAUUACACGCAAAAGCCGAAUGCGUGGAUAUCAUGCAGUCACAUGCAACCACUUUAUUUCUAGCUGAUAAACACAUCAACCACUUCUCAUCUUCCUCUUUUUAGUGUGUUUUUCUCUGUGUGUAAUCGAAGUGAAAGACUGGAUUCAGAGACGGGGAAAACAGGAAUGUUUCUUCCGGUACCAAAGAGUGUGAAACCCGAACGGAAGCCGAUGUGGUCUUUGUAGUCUGUCAACAUACUCUUGUCUUCCUACCUUCGCUUCCGCUACUUGUGCCUCACUGAAUGCUGUACAACUCAGCUCUGCUGCCGGCUUUGGUUUCCCCCCGACUGCAGGAAAAACCACUGAGACAAGAGAGAGGCCUCUGUCUCCAGAACUGCAGCCAACCUUUCUCAGAACUUUGACUGACCCCCCGCCUCCUCCUUCUUUCCACUCCAUAACCAUAACCUGCAAACCUCCAGCCAGUUGCUAGCUGCUUUGCCACAGACACGGUUGGCAAUCGCUAUUCCUGGGCAGAAGGAUCAACCAUCGUCCCCCGACCGGUCGCGGACUGGUGCGCCUUCAGUGGGGGAGGGAGGGGAAGGAAGGCAGCUGAACGCCGUGCAGCUUUCCCCGGAGAUGAAGCUGCAGGCUGUCAUGGAGAACCUGCACAGGCAGCAGAGGGCCAAGCUGCUUAUGGAGCAGCAGCUACAGCAGCAGGCCGCCGCCCAACACAAUCAGGUCCGCACAAUUGUUGGUGGAGGGGAUGAGCCGAUGGGGAGCCCGACCCCUGAGGCAGAGCAGGCCCAGAUGGCAGCACUGGCUGCCAUGCGUGCCGCAGCGGCCGGGCUGCAGAGGGUGACGGACAGCCCCAUGUCAGAUCGCAGCAGUGGCGGCGAGGACGAAGGUGAUGAGGAUGACAAUGAAGACGGGGAGGAGCAUUACAAGGACAUGAUGGGGUCAGAUGAGGAGGAGCAGAUCAAACAGAAAUGGGACGAGGAAGACUUUGAAGGCGAGAUGGAAGAAGACUUUGACGAUGACCUGGCGGAGGAGGGUCUGCCAACCGGCCAUGACACGGUGGCUCCCGGGAAGGGCAUCUUCCUGCUGCCCCACCGUCAACUCCACCCCCACUCCCAGCUGCUGAAGGCCCGUCCCAGUGUCGACCAGGAGACCCGCGUAGCCAUCCUGCCUCCCCACGCCACGCACAGCCAUCUGGGCGGGCAGGACCACGGAGAGUGGACCUACGAGGAGCAGUUCAGACAGCUGUAUGAACUGGAUAGAGACCCAAAGAGGAAAGAGUUCCUGGAUGACCUCUUCAGCUUCAUGCAAAAAAGAGGAACCCCAGUGAAUCGUAUUCCCAUCAUGGCCAAGCAGGUUCUGGAUCUGUACAUGCUCUACAUGCUGGUGACAGAGAAGGGCGGCCUGGUGGAGGUCAUCAACAAGAAACUGUGGAGGGAGAUCACCAAGGGACUCAACCUGCCUACCUCAAUCACCAGUGCAGCCUUCACCCUCCGCACACAAUACAUGAAGUACCUGUACCCAUACGAAUGUGAUAAGAGGAGUCUGAGCAACCCCAAUGAGCUCCAGGCAGCCAUCGACAGUAAUCGGCGGGAGGGCCGCCGACAGAGCUUUGGCAGCUCCCUCUUUACCUAUUCGCCCAAUGGGACGCCCACCAUGCUCUCCUCACCGAAGCUCCCCUCAGCCAGUGUGGGUCUGACGGUUGGCACCAACGGGGCCUCGCUUACCCACAUCCAGAAGAUCAAGAAAGAAGAGGAAGGAGGCCAGCCGCUGCCGGGGCUCGGUGUGGCUCGUCUGCCAGCGGGCCUUGCGGGCCACACGGUGGCUGCUGUGCAGGUAGCGGCAGCUCAGGCAGCUCAGAUGGCAGCUCUGGAGCAGCUGAGGGACAAACUGGAGGCCGGCGAGCCACCAGAGAAAAAGAUGGCGCUGUCGGCCGAGGAACACCACCGACUGCUGCAGAGAGCUCUGCAACACAACCUGCUGGCCAUGACCGCUCAGAUACCCAUGAACAUCCGCAUCAAUAACCAAGACAGCAGGCAGGACUCGGCCCUGAACCUUACCACAAACGGCACAAGCAGCAUCAGCAUGUCAGUGGAGCUCAAUGGAGUGGUGUACACUGGCGUUCUUUUUGCUCAGGCAGCAGCAGGAUCGUCCGUCUCCAACAAGACGGUCAGCAGUCGUAUCGCUCCACAGCAGCAGCAGAACACACCUACCUCAACCUCAACCUCAACCUCAACCUCCAGCAACCUGUUGUCUUAACUGGCCUUUCCCCUUCUUUUUUUUUAAUUACCACGCUAAGUAAAGCCAAAAAUCAACCUCAUUUUCUACAUAAUCUAUGCCAAAAAGAGAAGAACCAUCAACUGUACAGAAAGACACAAACUGAAACUCCGAUCACUUGAAGUACACUAUCUCAGGUUUUCACUCACCAACUCGCCUCUUUUGUUCUUCAUAGCCAAAAUGAUUUCGGAAAAAAAAGAAUAUCUCAACUGAGAGCCAGUAUAUGCUAAACAAAUAUGUAUGCACAACCUGUAAAUUAUUUAUUUCUGGCUAAAUGUACAGAUUGUUGGAGAACAAAAGAGAAGGUAAUAACUAGGAAGGUUAAUGCACUGUUUACACACACAAACACAGCUACUGAUUGACAGCAAUGUUUUAUCCUCUAGGGGAGAGAUUUUGUUUAUUUUAUUUUACCUUUUCAUUGUCCUUAUUGUUAUUCUCUUUACUGUGUUUUAUCUUUUAAAUCUUUACCAAUCCCCUCACUGCAGGAAAAAAAUAUAUAUAUUUAGAAGUCUAUAAAAAGAAAAUAUGAAUAGCCUCUAUUUUAAAUCAGAAAAGCUUUAAAGGUAUAUGUUGUUUCGUUAGAGCAUAUAACAAUUUACCGUUGUGACCUCAUUUUGUGUAAAACCUUAUUCACAUGGCAGCCAUUUUGGAUCCCUAUUUGGAAGAGUCUGAUGCCUGUCUGCGGCAUGCCACAGAUUCUCCAGUGAAACACAAAUGGAAAAAAGAAUAUUGGUUCACUUCUUCACACAUUUUAUCUAUUAUCUAUUGCUACCAGAGUCUCGUCAGUAGCGAGUUAGCUAGAGUGCUAUGUAGCUGAUGAAUUCAAGCAGUCUUCUUCCUGAGACAGUUGGCUCAUUUUGAUCUAAAAUCCUUACCUGCUUGUUGACAUAAGGCCAGUUUAAUGUAUAUCUGUGCCAAUCUUGCAGGUAGUUUGUCAAGUUAGUGUUCAAAAUCGCUGUUUUCUAAGUAAGGUCAGGUGGGGAAAAUGAAUUAAAGCCUUUCUUGAGGUUUUUUUUUUCCUGCUCGAUGCAUCUCAAUACGCUGGACUUGUGGCAUCCACACCAACUGUUGCUGUUUGGGUUUCAGAUCGUAUGUGAAUAAUACACGUUUCUGAUUGUUCUCAGGUGUCCGUCAGCUCAUCGCUUUGUACAAUCUCUUGACAGAGCAAUGUAUUUAACAUCUUUCUCUGCGGAAAGAUCAAUUUUUAAUUUUAAUUUGUUUUCUAACUUGGCCUUCUAGUGGAGUGAUUGUCUUAAGGUCAGAUGCAUGUCUGUAUUUGUAGAUAAAGCCCUUCAGGGAUCAGGAGUGAGGCAGGAAAACUGUGAUUUCCUGUCUUAAAUUCAUAGGAGUCGUGUAUCCACUAAAUCCUUGUCAUUAUGGAGACAGUCACAUGGACAAUCAGGUGUCAGGAGACGCUAUCUGAGCUUCUGAGAAACUUGACAGUUAUUUCAGCUUGUAUCGGACGUUUUGUUGUUGUUGUUUUGUAUUAUAGAUUACAGAUGCUUUUAUUUUUUGUUUCAGCUUUGUGUUUUACAUGACUUAGUGCUUCUUCUGAUCCAAGUGCUUCUUAUCCUGUGUUGUGACAAGGACCGGGUCUCCUUGAGGCUGGCUGUCAAGGAUAUAACAGAGAAUGUCUUGCGAUCCUCUGACUAUUUUUUUUAGAUGUUGCUUAAUUGGGGACUUUGACAAUGUGAUCUCAGAGGUAAUAGCUGCGGCUGAGCGCUUGCUUGCGUCUUAUUGUUUGUACAAACACUCACUGCAGUUAGAUUUAUAAAAAGUGAAAUUGGCCACAGUGGCGAUACCAUAUCAUUCAUGUGUAGUUGUGUUUCUGCAUUUUGAAGUCAAUCAAUUUAUCAGCUUUUUGAAAUUUAACCUGUGUUACCUCUCUGGACUGUUAAAAAUUGCUACUCUACCCACCCAACCCCACCCCGACGCAAAGCAGCCUCAUUCCUACUGACGUUAGGAAGUAAAUCAGGCUUUGUAUGUGGGGUUCUGUUUUGAGGCCUUAACACAGCAUGAGAUGACCAGAGAGCCAGCAGUACCUCCGUCUAAUCAGUUUUUACUGUUCCAGUCAAAUAUCACCAGAUGGCCGCUGCGGCUUUGAUUCUGGACUCGCUUCUCGGUGGGAAAUCACCACCAGCUGCUACACAAACACUGUUCAGUUUUGUAAAGUAGGGUACUUUACCAUCUCUCAUUCAAAGACACACACAAUAAUCAAAUGCUCUUCUUAAAGGUUUGAUAAAAUAGUGAGAAGUGAACUGUCCAGCCUCACUUGUUUUAAUACAUCCUACAAAAAGAAAAGUGAAGCUUUAGUUGGAUUUUAAGUUAGUUUGUCAGAGGCAGAACCAGGCAGGGGGUUGAUGCAUAGACUGUAAAGGUGAAGCCAAACAUUUAGACUGCCCCUGGUGGCUGGCUGCAGUACAGGUCAUAAAUCCCACUCCCUCCAUGUUAGUGGCUGGGACAUGUGCCAAACUAAAAAAUCACACGUCAAACACAUUUUCCCUAAGAUGGUUUCUGUCAUUUAAGGUAGUUCUUAUCACUCAAUGUAUGUUCAAGUGUUCAUUUUUCUGAUACGUUUGGUUUUUAUUUGUUAUUUGAUGCUAUAAAAACGGGGUGAAACGUCAUGAUUGACAGCUGUGAUUGACUCACGAUUGGUCGGGCGGGUGUAUUGGCGGGACUUCGAUACCGCAGCUCCACUGCCCAAUCACUAGUGCGCAGACUCUGGCUCCAAAAUUACAAGAUGGCAGUGCCCAUUUCUGGGAUAUUUUGGCUUUAACUUUGUACAGUGGGAGGAAGUGGAGAGACGUCGUCCAUCUUUAUACAGGCCUACAGUCUAUGGGCAGAACUGAAAGCAGAGACAGGAUGUCAUUGGUUGAGUUAAAUCUCAAUGAAGCUGAAAACCACAGUGUUUCCAUAGUGAGGAAAGAGGAAUUAUUGUCAAAUAUUUUAACAGGCAGCUGACUCUCCACAAGGGGGCUCUUUAUGGCUCAUAGUUGCUGUUUUCUUUGUGGGUGUUUGAGGUUUUACAUUUUUACACUUGUACCACCUGUUGGCUAAAAUAACUACUGUUAGGAAAACUGGUCAGAUGUCCGCAAUGGCACCUUAGCUCCACCCAACCACGACCCUGCAACACACACAAACACGCACACACACUACACGGGACCGAGGCAAAGGAUGAUGGGGCCAUCACACUAUGUACAUAAAUAAUGAUGGAAAAUCAUUGCGUCUCACUAACCUUCAGUGGUUGUUAAAUACACAAACCAAAACUCAGCUAUAAGUAUUAAUAAUUUCAAUAGGUUCCAAGUUUAUAGUUACUCAACACAAAAUACAGAACUUUGCAGCUGCAAACUUGCAGUUGUUGGCUGCAGGUGGCACAAGUGUCCUACCCUUUUUGGUUAUUGAUUAGGCUCUUGGUGUAGAUUUGUUACAAAGGAAGGAAAUGUGUAUUUCUACAGUGAAGAAUGUAGAUAAAUCUGGCUGCGUCCUCACUGUGGACAGUUGAGUCGUGUUGAGAGUCAUUUACAGAUGCACAAUAAUGAUAGACAUCUUUUAACCAAAGCUUUAUGAAGUAUAGCUACAUUUACAGUAUUGAACAAUGGCCAUUUGAAAUUUCAGUGAAAUUUUGAUAUUUUUAUUGCAAUCUGGGUCUUAUUGUUGUAGUUUUGGCAUAACAAUCUUUGACUCACUCAAACAAUGCUGAUCAUGUUGAUUAUUAAUCAUUUUCAUAGACCUUACAUACAACAAUACGAAUGUUACGCUCUCUGUUUGAACAAUCGCAAGGGAAAACUCAGUAUUCUCAAACAAAAUGUUGUUUCCUCGGCUAUCUUGUCCAUUUGAACGGUAGUUCAAUAAAUUCCUCUUUAAUUAAAUACAUUUUGAAUAUGUGAUUUAAAGGUAGCCUAACCACAUAAAAGUAUUUGAAAUUCCACAAGAGUUGGAUGCUGCAGAGAAGGCAGUUACUGCUGCUCUGCUAGCUAGGCUAGUUAGCAUUUAGCAGCACUAGUUUUAUCUGGUGUUCCUUUUCCUUCUCCGUUAAUAUUUAAGAUAUAGCUAUUGUCUUUUUAUAUGGUAUAACAACUUGCUUAGAUUUUGGAGCAUCAAAAUAGAUUUUUCAAUUCCAGGAAACAGGAAAAAAAGUGGCUAAACUAGCUUUAGCUGAGGCUAUCUCAGCAGUUUUUAUGAAUUUUCCAUGUUUUUUUCCCUCCAAAAAUAUACAUUUGAUGGUAUAACGAUUUCUAUGGUAAAGUAUGAUGUCCAAAAGUCUGAUUCUGGGGUUAACUCAGUUCUGACCAAAUAUGUAGUUAUAUAUUUUGCCUUUGUAGGGCAGAAUAGUCUCUACAGUAAUGGUGCUAUGCCAAUCCAUAUAGGCCAUAACUAUGACAAAAAGUCCUAGGGUAAAAAAAAGAAAUUCAUUUUACAUUUAGGGUUGUCUUUCUGCUCGAUUCCUCUGUGCAACCAGCUGUAAAUUUCAUGAACUACAAUGUUAAAGGAGGUUUUUACUCAGUCUGUUCGGUGGCACUCAGAAAGCCCACCAUGUGUGUGUGUGUCUCUCUCUCUCUCUCUCUCUCUCUCUCUCUCUCUCUCUCUCUCUCUCUCUCUCUCUCUCUCUCUCUCUCUCUCUCUCUCUCUCUCUCUCUCUCUCUCUCUCUGAGUAGCAGAUGUCACAGUUGCUGAUAAUGGCUGACAAUCAACAAGAGAAAUGCAUGGCUGAAAGCAUUAGUUUGUGGGGGAGGGCUGCUGCAAUCAAAAUUCAAUCAAUACUGAUCUAAAGGAUCAGCAUUGCUUUUUUAGAUUUGACCCUAUGACCUUUUGGCCCCUGAGCUAAACAUUCAAGCACCUGCCCUCUUCAAUGGAUCCAUGUUUACCGUAUAUAUCUAUUGACCGGCUCUGUGAGAUAUUUGCAUUUAAGCAGUGGAGGUACUGUUUUCUCGCUCUCGCUCUCUUUUAGUAUGUGCACGGCAGCAUCUUCAGGGAUUGGUUUUAAUUGCGUGGUAGCGACAAUCAGACGAUGUUAUGACAACACAGUAUACCUCCAAACACUCUGACAUCUCUUCAACCACAAUCAAGCCCCGUUUCUACCAAGAACUAAUAAAGCUUUGGCAAAAAAAAUGUUUUGCUUCAGCCACAACAGACAUCAAAAUGUUGUUAAUGCUGGUUCAUGAAGACAUUGACUAUGAAAGAGAUUGUAAUUACCACAGACAAUCAGAUAUCACUUAUUGAUUUCAGUUAUUUGGUUAUUGCGAGGGGAACCAGAGAUGUCAGUAUAGUUGAGGGUUCAGUUCAAGCUUCAUCUUUACCAAGAGCUCCCCUCAGUGGGAAGUUUUUGUCAUGACACAGAAUCACUUCAGAUUUCCCAAAUGGAAACACAAAAAGGUCUGAGCUAAGGCUGCAAAGAUUCACUGUCCUUCAGUCUGAACAUUUACUGCUAACAGAUUACAUAUUUUCAGUGUUCAUGUCUUCAUUUCCUACCAGUGUUUCCAGUAUUUUUGUCUUGUUAAGGUGACAAAGCCUCUUUAGAUCAUUAUAAUGGGACACUAAAAGGCUCCACUGAUAAAAAAAAAAAAAAAAAAAUGUUUAAAAGGCUCCACUGAAAACAAACUCUGUUAAAAGCAUUCACUUACAUAAUUCAUUUAGUUACUAAAAACAGUAAGCAAUCAAUAAUCAAUCAUCCUGUCUCUGCCCCGUCUGUUUCUCUCCGUGAGGCAGGUUCCUCAAUAUUUUAAAGAACAUUGGAGCAAUGUAGCAGUGAAAACUGUAUCAGUCUUAACUCAGUAUGAAACCAGAAGUUGUUCUUAGUUUUGAAAAGAGUUUAUAGCAGGUUUUGGUUCAGAUUGUUUCAGAUUUCUUUCUGAAUGCGACCAGCUGCUUUUUAUGUCUGUAGCUGCUUUGUUUUCAUCAUUAGAUUAGACGAUGCUCGCGCAAGACGUUGUGUCUGCAGUUCUUGUCAAAGUUAUAUUAUUGUUGUGUGGUAAUGCAGUUUAAAAGUGUGGGUUGAUUUCAAACUUGUUUGGUGCGUUCACAUGCUGCCGGGGAAACACUUUUUCAUCACGUUCUGAAUGCAUUUUGUUUGUCUUUGAGUUUGAUUUCGCGACAAUAUGGGUAGUAAAUGUAGUGCUUUUCAGGGGCUGACUCCCAAUCAGCACAAACUCUCCGAGUCUCUUGUGGUUGGCUUGCUCGCUCUAUGUCAUAACUUUUAGGUGUUUUACACUGAAAUGUUGCUGCUUUCACUCCCACCAGAGCCGUAGCUAAAUAACCUCUUGAAACAUUACUAGAUCCAGAGUGUCUUGCAUGGAAAAUUGACAAUGACUCCUGCUCCCACAUGUUGCCAACAUGGAAUUCUGCUGGAACAUUUACGGGUUAAGGUGCCUGUGGGGUUUAGGGGCUUUUGACUGAACUUCACCACUGAUUUUACCUCCAUCAAGGGGGGAUAUGGACAAGGAAAAUAACAAGAUGCCUUCUGCUGUGACAAUUGUUGUAUGAAUUAACAUGUAUUACUAAGAUUCAUUAAAUAGAAUAUUUCUGAAAUAUGUCUUUUUAGGGCUAUGAAUUAUAUCAUGUUCAUAUUGUUUUUGCUUUUUCUUUGCUUUGUUUUCUGGAUAUGCUUUAGCAACCCUGGCACACACAGAUUGCAUUUAAAGCAGAUUUAUUAAUACAGCGAUAAUGAUGAUAAUAAUAAUGUGAUUAUUUUAGGAAAGCAUACUGUAUGAUGCGUGUGUGGGCUUCAUGUGGCUUUAAGUUUACUUCAGAAUUGAAACAAGGCGCUUGUCUCUUUCAACUUGUCAGGAAAAUCUACCUCUACCUUCAGUUUUAUGCAUUUAACCCAGUUCAAGUUACAAUUUAGUGGGUACGCAAAGAGGGCGUGAGAGUGGUCACCAAAGUCUGAAAUGAGCUACAAUAUGCCAGUAUAGUAGCCUACUUAAGAGUAGUUAGGAUCUCAUGACACAUGUGCGAUUGUAUUGAGAACGAGUAUUGUGGUGUAAUUAUAUCAUUAUCUAAAUACUCUCAGCAGAUAUUUAUCACCCUGGUAGGUGACUGGGAGGUUUAUUUUGGACUCUGGGGUGUCGUUCUCCGUCUCUCUGUCUCUCUCUGUGUUACAGGUUCGUAACACUUCUGCUGUUUAGUUUAUUUGAGCAUCACCAGGGAACCUCCAGCUCAACAGAUAACUACUACUUAGUACUCCAACAAGUACUGCUUCUAGGAGCACCAUUAGUACUGUGAGUCGUUUUUCAGUCUGUUCUAUUAAUGUGUGCUUAUUCCUCCUUUUUUCUAUAAAUGAUUCAAUUAGUUUGAUGAAUGGGAUGUUUCCUGGUAACCACGUCGGGCAAUGCAACAGUUUUUUUUUUCUUUUCUUUUUUUUGAAGGGUGAAGAUUUUUUCUUGCCUAUUUACUCAAUAUGUGUUUGUGUGAAUACUUUUAUUUUGAAUUUGAAAUUAAUAAAAUAUCACUUUUCUUAAAUGUCA